AGGAGAGAGUGUCGCCGUCUAUGGUGCCGUUAGUGCAGCUCAGGCACCUUUCAUUGUCCAUGUCGACGAUGCAUCUCCCACACAGUUUUUACCAAAUACGCGAGUACAGGGGCUCUCGAGCAAUCUGAUAUAUCUCCACAACAACCUUUCUGCAGGCGAACAUCGCCUAGUUAUUCGCAACAAUCCUACGGGGAAUGCAAGUGCUCUUGGGAUAGACUAUGUUGUCGUAAAUUCUUCAAGCGUUGUUCCGCUGCCGCCGUCUCCGCCACCACCAUCUUCUCAGCACACAAGCACUAUAAUUGGCGUCGUCUGCGGCUGCGUGGCCCUUGUUGUAGUUAUCAUAGCCCUCAUUUUAUGGACGCGGAGAAGGCAGAGGCAGAAAGAGCGAGAAGAGGCGUACACCCCUAGGCCGUUUCUCGGUUUUCCCAACUCCACCGGUUCUCGUGUGCAGUCGUGGAACUCGGUGCGGAGGUCUGUGGCCAAUGUACUGUCAAUGAUGCCUCGAGAAUCAAGAUCGCGUGCUCGACCACAGAACCCCGACAUCAUCAUUCUGCGUAACUUGAACUCCCAUGAGAACGAGACACCUUCUGCUCCCGGGAGCUCUGGCGGACACGGUGAAGCUGCACCACAGCCACAAGGACCUCCGGCACGGAGAAGAGCACGUCGACGAAAGGCGCACACACCUCCUACAUCUGCUAUUCACACGACUUCGGAUCCUCACGCAACUCCUCCAAAUUUUACUUCUCCAAACCCUACAGAAUUAUCGCAAGCGGCUGUUCGCCCGUCACGGCUAAUCCCGUUACAAAGGAACGACGGUGGUACGAGGGUAGUCGAAUUACCGCCGCCUUACGCGCCACGGACUGCUUACCAUACCC